AUGUCCCCCGGCGCGGCGGCACCUUCGUCGCUGGGCGGCGCUCCCGGUGGCUGCACGGGCGGGGCCCGCAGCGGCAACACCGAGGACAGGUCGAACACCUCCAGCCCGGGGUGGCUGCCGGCCAAAGCAGCGGCGACUUCCAAGAGCUUCUUCGAGUCGCCCCAGUCCUUGGUCACCACGGCGGCCAGGGUCGGGAUCUCACCCAACACGUCCGCCAGCCUCGCCACCGGGUCGUGGGGGUCCACCGGGGUCAGGCAGCACCCUGCCAGGAAGCCGCCGAGCUCUGCGAUGGGCAGAUAG